UCCUUCAGUUCUUUGAUUAUAUGAUUAUAUUAAUUUGUAUAUUUCUGUUUAGCCCCAUAUAAAUAAUUUAAAAUAUUCUAUGUACGAAGUUUACCUAAAUCUAUUUAUUAUAGUGACCUGAAAAUCCUGAAGCGUAUUUGGAAAUGAUAAAAACAAAGACUUAAUGCUAUUAUUUAGUGAAUUAAUGUUAUCAAAAUGUGCUGUCAACUCAAAUUAAUAUUAUUUUGCUCAUUAAUCUUUACUGUAUCUUCAACACACAUUGUAGGAGAAUUCUCAACAGGAGAAUUUUUCAAGUUCUUGGUAAAAUUUGGCUUCCAGAAAACUGAUAUCCAUUAUCAGAAAGAAACAUAUGGCUACAUUUUUGGAAAUAUAACAUCAAACAAACAAUUCAAAUAUCCCAUAACAUUUGCCGUUUUAGAUAGAAGGCAUUUUUUACAUUAUUACAAUAGCCGCAAUAUAGAGAACAAAGAAACAGCAUGUCAAGAGAUGUUCCAGAAAUUAAAUAAUUCUGCAUAUCACCCUAAAUGCAAUGCAAAUGGUCAAGAUUUAUUUAGAAGAAUACCAUGCCAGAAAGAUCAAUUAUGUGUUGAUGAAGAUACACCUUGGAAUGUAGUGAAGAAAAAUCAAUUUACUUAUGUUAUCCAGAAUUCGGGUCAACCCAGAUUUUGGUAUGUAUCCAUGGUGGCAUGUUACCUGGACGAGAUCACAUGCACUUGGCAUCACUACAGUGGAGCACCGUCUCCAGAUAAUAAAACAUUGACAGAUAUACCACAAAAUUUACAAUAUGAUUUUUGGCUGGUAAAUGGGAGCCCAAAUUUGUCAUUCUACAAUACAUUAUUGUACCAGUUUUCAUUUGAUCGUCAAAAUACACUUGAAUUGUAUUUAGUAUUUUGGCUAUGCUACAUUAUUUUGCUACCAGUACAAAUAUAUGCUGUCAGAACACAAAAACAUCCAGUCACAAAGCUAUUUACAUUUAGUCUUGUCCUGGAAUUUGUUGCACUUUGCUUCAAUGUCCUUCAUACUGUUAAGUUUGCAGCUGAUGGUGUUGGCUUUGCUGGGUUAGCAGUGGCCGGAGAUAUACUAGACAUUAUGAGUAGGACACUAUUCAUGCUACUUCUUCUUCUAUUAGCAAAAGGCUGGGCGGUGACAAGACUGGAGCUGACCUAUAAACCCCUUGUGUUUGGAGUCUGGCUUGGUUAUGGAAUUGUACACAUAUUACUUUACGUGUGGAACACUACGGAAGUCGAUAUAAUAGAAGAAAUAGACGAGUACCAAACAUGGCCUGGUUGGUUGAUACUAACACUUCGUGUGGCCAUUAUGACGUGGUUCGUAUUGGAACUGCGGAAUACCAUGAUGUACGAGCACAAUAUGCCAAAGCUGAACUUUCUCCUGCACUUUGGCGCUUCGAGUCUUGUAUGGUUCGUGUAUUUGCCGAUUAUAGCGCUCAUAGCGCUACAGAUCAGUCCGCUGUGGAGAUUCAAAUUUCUCUUAGGUAUAACAUAUUCAGCGGACUGCCUAGCGUUUUGUGUCAUGGCACACCUGUUAUGGCCUACACGUUCAGAACAGUACUUGUUGCUGGCACCCUCAGAUUACACAGCGGGCAUAGAAGAACUAGACGAAUUCAACGAAUCCCCACACGUAGUACACAGCGACACGGUAGCAUUGACCACCGCCGACAGCGUCAAUGCCGAAGAAGAGGAGGUGAUAUUCACGCGAGCAGCGCACAAGAAUGGCACUGCUUUCUCAUAGCAUGAAUAGAUCCAACUUAAAAGUGGUGAGGUAUUUAUUAUGCCAAAACUUAAUGAGCAACGCGCUCAUGUUAUUUGGGCAGAUCUCUCAAAAACCUAGUGAAUGCCAAUAUUCUCUCAUCAGUUCCGAUCGCUUGAUCAUUUAUGUUCAGUUAUAGAAAGACGUUCAAGCGGAUUAUAGAUCUGUAUGUCGAAUUUAGUCAACGUACCUAAUAAAGUGCACAUGAUAAAGUGUUUUAGAGCAAAAAUGCAUGUUACGUAUUUUCUAAGUUAACUUAGUGAAAUUUAAGUCAAAUUGAAUAAGUUGUAACAUAAAUAAUGAAAAGCACAAAAAACAAUAUACUAGUUUGAAAAUUUUCAUGACACAAUUUGGUACGAUCCUGCUGGAUAACGUUUUGUGAGGUGCCAACCUUAUCAAUUAUAAAGAAACAAGAUAAAUAGCGUUAAAUAUAUACCUAAGAUAAUGUUAAUAUCGUAAAAUAUUAAAGAAUUUAUUAUUAACUAAGAUUCAUGACAUGGUGUGGUCUCUGUUAUUACUAUAACAUGAAGCAUUAAUGUGGAGUAUGGUUGGGCAAUAUUUUCGCAAUGCUGAAGCUUACUUAUUAUAUACAAGACUGAAAUAAGUAGACAAACAAGCACAUUUUGUUAAUAUGAUGUUUUAUGAUUAUAACAUUGAAAGUGUUGAGAUUUAGAGACACAGCAUAUGAAUGAAACUUGGAAAAUAAAGUACAUAAUUUUUUUUUGUUUAUUUCAUGAAUUUGUGAUGAACAAUAUUUAUGUAUAAAUUUGCAUUUGCUAUUUAUUUUUUUGUAUCUUACAGAUGAAAUUGCAUAUCGAUAUUUUGAAAUAUAUUAUAUAUAUAUUUAUGGUUACGAAGUUACAAAAGUAAUAAUUGCGGAAAUUCGUGGUACAAUCACGUUAUCUAUAGUACAAUCAAUUUGAAGUAUGUUGUAGCAGAUUUUAAUGAUUAAAGCAAUGUCAGAUUUGUCAUAAACAAAACUACAUUACAAGAUUCUUGAUAUGAUACGAGAUUGAAGGUUAAAUGAACUGAACGAGCGUUCAAGUUUAUCUAUAGAUAGACUCUAGACACAUGAUGAGAACAUAUAAACUUGAUUAUUCUUUCUUACGAGUGAAAAGUUAUUUUAUUUUCUAAAUUAUUUAUUUGGUAUCUAUAAUUUAUUAUAAUAACAAUAUUUAUAAGAGAUAUCAGCUUAAUAUUUUUAUACAAUUUUUAAAAUUACUAUACAAAGUUGAAAUCGUACAGAUAGGUAUAACUGAGAAUUUGCGAAAUAUGAAAUGUAUGUCGCUAUUGACAAAUUCUAUAGGCCAAAUAUAUAUAUUAUUUGAUUAUUAUAAAUUAUAAAAUUUAAGUGUUAUUAUAUGUCUGCAGCUAUUUUAUUUUGUAAUAUGCACACUAAAAUGAACAAUCUUAUGAAGGAAAUACUAUUAUACAUUUUGUAUACAUAUAGUUACUCAAUUGUUAAGAUAGAUCAAUUUUUAAUAUUGUACAGUAAUUUAUAAUAAUAUAUAAUGUAUUUUAAGAGAUAGUACAAGUAGAUCUCAAUUCGAUUAUAUAACUCGAUAGUGUGUUUUGAUACUAACAUUUAAUAUAAUUUUGUCCCAGUUUUGUUCAGUGUUUUGUAAUAAUCGAAUAGUGUUUAACAAGCAUUGUACUGUGACGUGUUUCUUAAAAAUGAUUCUCUUUACUCAACCCAAGCCAGGGGUCAGAUUGGAAGAUAAAUUUACUAAUACAGUUGCUAUUAAUAUUGUAUUAUUAAAUUCUGAAUAUUUAUAUUUUAAUUAAUUUAUCUAUCAAAGUGAUUAAGUGCAUUAUAAAGAUAGUUUCGUAGCCGAUUACUAUGAUAAUGAGGCAAGAUUUCGUGAAAUUCAUUAAAAGUUGUCUUAAAAUAGCUAACUAUGGAUUUAAGUUAUAUUUGAUGUAUUUGACUUGACUUAUAAAAUACUUAUAUUUCGGAUAUUCCCGAAAAUUUGUAUAGUGCCAAUUAUAAAGUUUAAUAUCAACCAACAACAACACGUUUUCUUAUUUAAAUUAUUAAUUGUUAAAUAUUUGCAGAUUGUUUAUUUUUUAAUCCGUUUUUCUACUAUGAGAGUUUGUUUCUACUAAGCUUCGGCACAUACUGUAUGUACACAUAGUUUAUUUAUAUUUGUACAAAACAAGGAAUACAUGUUGCAUAUUUAUUCCGCAUAAAAAACACUAAUUGAUUAUAAGCACUUAGUUAAUACAUUUAUGACUCCGUGAUUAAUAGAAAUAAUUUUGAAUGCUAUUAAAUUAGUAUAAUUGUAAUUCUCAUAAUAAUUGGCUCAUUCCAGUAUACAGUAUCCUUCGGUAUAAAUUUGAAUAGAUUUUUCCUAUGUCGAAAAUAAUUGUGUAUUAAUUGAUAACAUGUUAAGGAUCUCUCCGCACUGCAAUAUCACUAUACAUUUUCGGAGCAUAUAUGUAUAUAUGAAAAUGUAUGAGAAGUAUAUACCUAUUGCAUUCCAUUUUCAUGGAAAAAAGUGCACAGAGUAGUUUUUCAGCAGGAAUAGGUUUGUCUCUUAUUAUAUAUUCUAUUUCCGUACUGUGAUUAUUUAUCUCGAACUCUUAACUUGAGCAUGAAUAAUUAACAUAAAUCAAACAGAGAGUGUCUUCACCAUAUAAUGUCAACAAAUUUCAGCUUAGGGUGGGAUUAAAAGGCCGACACUACGUCCUCUGGUGUUGUAGUUGCUCAAGGUCUGUGGUAAUCACUUACCAGUGAGCCGCAUAUUAUAUACAUCAUUUUCUUCUGUCGCUAUUAAAAGUAACAAGAUUAUUGAUUGUACAUUUAAAAUUAUAUUAUUAUAUAAUUUUUAUUUAAAAAUUAUUUUAUUACUAGGAAAUAGUUUUUAUUAUAUCAAUUUACAAUGAAAAAUAGUUUCUUAACACAAUAAUGUACACAAUUAUAUCAAAACUUAUUUUCUUUUCUAUUUUAUCACCUUAGGAACUCUUCCAUAUUUAACAUACAAAAUUAUCUUGAAAAUAAAUUGACUCCGUCGAUACCGCUAACGUCAUACAGCAAUAAACAAAAUUUUAGAAAUAAGUUAAUGAAAUUGUUAGCUAGUCUUAUAUAUUAAAUGAGAUCAUUUGUUAAGAAGGUAGUGUUCGUCUUGUGCUUUUCAGUUGUUCUGAAGUUGUAAGACUCGUCACUGAUGACGAAGACUCAUCACUGAUGAAGUUCAUCUUCAUCAGUGACGAGUCAAAGAGCUGAGUUAUAACUUAAUAAAUAUAAGGAACUGCAUCACAAUUUUAAACUUUCUCUUUAAAUAAUAGUAUUGUGUAGUUAUAGUGUUAGUGUUUUAUUUACCUAUGUUUGACAUUAUUAUUGGCUUUACUACAUGCAGGUAUUGCAUACCUGUUAUUGUAUACAUGUAGAACAUAUGCAUAUGUGGAUACAAUAGCAGAUACAUACGCACGCUAUUACAACGAUUCAGAAUCAAGCAAUGAUUAUAUAUAAUGUCAUGUGAUCUGGAAUUUCUUGUAAAAGUAUUGUAUAGAUUGUAGUUUAAGUUUUAAGUUUUUUAUUAUGUAUGUAUUGUAAUUUUACACCAGUUACUGUUUAACAUACUUACCAUUGAUAUCUAACCUCAAGAUUAAAAAACUGGAAAUAAAACUGGGUUGAAAAAGGGCCAUCUUCAUUUAUUGUGAAAUUAUAGUAUAAUAGUCUUGCAAACAUAAACAUUUCAAAAGUUGUUAUAUGUUUUAUAUUUUCAUUAUACAUGGUCAGUUUCAAUUAAAGUUUUAUUCGGCUAUAUGUAUCUACUAUGGGUUUUUUUUAUGUAAAUACAAUGGUAGUCCUAUAAAUUUCUUUAUAGUCGAUACAGUCACGUGUUAAAUUUGUUAACAAAUGGUUUUAGUUUUAAUACAUUCAUCUAAAAUGAAAGGAUUAUAUAUUAUUUCGAGUGAUUCUGUGUUCACAUGCGACUGUUGUACACUACAUGUGAUUGUAUAUAAGUGUGUAUCUGUUGUGUACGUACUACAAUUCCUACGAGUUAUGACUAUAAACUCGUGCAUACACUAAACCCAGAAACUCAUAGACAACCAUAUUGUAUCUAUGGCACGGUUCUGCGAAUUCCCGCAGAAUUCAUCUAAAUCAGGGGUGAGAACCUAUUUACUUAACGGCCAAAUUUAUUGUGAUAAAUAUUAAACUUUAAUUAUGAUAAACAUUGGCAUAAAAUUUAAUAAAGUAAAGUUUCCUAUACAAAUUUCAAUGCAAACGUUCGUAUUGCAUGUUUGAACAAGACGCCGAUAAUUGAGUCACUCGUCACAAGAAACUGAAUCUGUUUAGUAUGGACUACCAUUUUAUUAUAAUUAAAACAAUAUACUGAUGGGAGAAAGUGGAAAAGAUAAAUUCCAUUAUAUAAAAGCUUGGCGGGCCGCAUAAACAUGUUAGACGUGCCGCAAGCGGCCUGCGGGCUGCAUAUUGCUCAUCCCUGAUCUAAAUGAAACAAGGGCUUUAGACAGUAAUAUAUUAGAUAUACAUAUUUAAAUAUAAUAAUAUUGAACUCAAUAUUAGGUAUUAUGUUGUCGAGUUACAAGUUAGAUUUUAUACUCCGCGUCUCAUAGACGUGACAGGCAAUGCAACUUUAAUAGACAAAGCAAUUAACUGCGAGAGAAUAUCAUAAUUAUAUUAUAAUUCGUUUCACUUAAAUGUUCUAACAUAACAGUCUCCACCGCCAACAUGUUUCAUCUGACGGAACAUAAGUAUUAUUACAAUUGACAUUGUUCAUAUUAUCGAAAAUACUAGGAGUUUGUAAAUAUGAUGAAUGCGGCCUUAAAGAAUCGCUUCUAUAUAGCCCGUAACCAUUUUGGGCCUCCCAAGAGCAGCUGCGAUCGGAGCCCUGCGCAACCUCAAUAUAUUUAAUUACCGUGUAAAAAGAGGCUCGAAAUAUAGUAUGAGUAUCGUAGUGGAAGCCAAAAUAAUAGUCAUUGAGGCAUUCGUAGCUGCGAAAUUAUGAAUAUGUCGGAUGCUGUCAUUUUUUUGUAACAUUUAUAAAGCAGGCAUCUAUCAUGCACGAGUGUUAUUGUCAAAUUUAAUCAUAAUUCUACAUCUAUUUUAAUUCUACAUAUAUUUAAGAUAAACUAUUUGUCAUUUGUAUGAUUCCAUUUUUAUAUUGUUUGUAUUAUAAAUAUUUAUUAAGUCCCUUUGUAGCUG